AUGGUACCGGUGUCUCUUGGUCAACAACCCACAUUGGUGCCAUGGAGGCUUUCAGCUGCGAUGAAGCGAAUGGUGUCGCUUGUCAACACAGUUCAGUCACAGAAUCUACCAGAGCGAUUCAUCAAUGUGUCUGCUUGCUAUUCAAAACGCAUCGGUCCGAGUUGUUUCUCAGGAGAAGUGAUUGCAAUCGAUGCGGUUUAUGUAGGCGCCAAAAAGUUAAGUUCAUCAUGUCAACUCGUCACCUCAUUGAACCAGGUUUGCUGUGAACGUGAUACCGACAACGACUGUAUAACAACUUACCUGAACGAGCAUAAUAACCUGACGUAUACCUACCACGAUGAGUGUAUUGGACAGGAAGUAUGCAGCUCUCAGCCGGUACAAUGGAUGACAGUGGCACCUGAUUGGUGUACAAAUCAUACUCAAUAUUUACCGAACACAAACUACAUGGUCAUCGACUACUAUUGCAUCAACAAAACAAAUGUAGGUGUUCUACCGUCAGUGUCGCUUGUUGCCAGUGCCGGUAGCGCCCUCUAUCUCCAGGGGCAACAGUACCCCGGAUAUAUGACUCAAGCAACCUAUUCCAGCUGUUCAUUAAAAUCAUCUUGUGGAGGAGGAGUCAGUAUCCAGGCCAUACACAUCGAGUUUGACAUGAAUGACGGGAUAUGUCAACAGGAAAUUACGAUCUCUGAUACAUCUGGUCACACCAGAGUCAUUACAUGUGACGACAACAACAACUACAAUAUCUCAGAGGUGUUUACUACGUCAUCACAUAACAUCACCAUCAAUGUAUGCAGUCGGCAUGGUAACGGCAAGUUCUGGAUAGGAUUUGUCCGUAAGUGA